GUCAUUCUGCAGCCGCUCCCCCAGCUCGUUCGCAGAACUCAAAUUGGGACAGAAAUUACUUUCCAUCCACUCACAGAGAGGAAACUGGGAAGGCAGGAGAUCUAGGGCUUUGGCAUGGACACCCCUGGUUAUGGGAUUGCAGCAAUGAGGAGAGGAAGUUACGACGAUGCUGCAGCUUCUUUACGCCCCCACCUCAGACACUUGGCUCAGAGACGCCGCUCUGCCCCGUCUCUGGUCUUUGCGAAGGCGUUGGGAAUGCCUUGGUCUCCUAUCAGGGAGGAGGCUUCCUGCCGGGUCUCUGUUGAUCAGAGUCCAUUCGUCCUCGGCCUCACCAGCGAGAACGGAGAGCUGCUGCUGAACGAGUGUGUUCAGGUCACAGAGGGCUCCAAGACCAAGGAGAGACACCUGUUCCUCUUCAGAGAUGUGAUUGUGUUUGCUAAACUCAAGUCAACAGCCAGCUACCGCCUGAAGCACAGAGUGAGUCUGGAGGAUAUUUGGCUUUACGGAUUUGAAGAUGAACCAGAGGGAGAAAAGGGAAUGAGGGGGGAUGUUGACCUCAGAGUGACCAUCGUCCUGGCAUGGGCCCUCAGCUUCUGUUUGGUGUGUUUUAGCUCGCCUGAGGUGAAAGAACGCUGGUUAGAUACACUCCACAGAAAAAUAGAAGACGCAAAAGCAAGAGUUGGUUGUGCUUCUCCGCCUCCAGACGUCCUCAUGAAGGUGUUGAGUGGCAGCAUCACAACUAAAACUCUAACAGGAGUAGGCAUGGAACCGUUUAUCGAGUGUCCUCUUGAUGGGGAUGAAAAUAACUCUGCCCAACUGAAACAGUUGCAUAACCAUGAAGAAAAGCCGGCACAGUCCAUUGAAACCAAGUGGAACCUGGUGAGGAAACUCAGGAAGGGUACAAGUUUCAGUGGUAAAACACGCAGAUCAUAUACAGACACAAAGACGCAGCUGUUUGGACAGCCCCUCUGCAAGAUAAGCACAGAAGAAUGCUCCCUUCCAAAACCAAUUGCAGAGAUGCUGCUGUUGCUGAGGAAGAGAGGGCCGUCCACAGAGGGAGUGUUUCGCAAACAGUGCAACAGCAAGAACAUGAAGGACCUCAGGGAAAAGCUCAACAGCGGGCUGGAUGUGGACCUGGAGAGCCAGCCGGUCGUUCUGCUCGUCGGGCUUCUUAAAAGUUUCCUUCGAGAACUUCCUGGCAGCCUGCUGGUGUCUGAACUUUAUGCCGACUGGAUGGCAGCUCUUGAUAAUGAAGACGUCCAACAGAGAGCUACGGAAAUGAACAAGGUGGUAGAGAAGCUGCCUGCAGCCAACAAGCUCCUCCUGCAGCACCUUGCCUGCGUUCUCCAUCACAUCCUCGAGAACGCUGACAUCAACAAGAUGGACGCCUACAACUUGGCGGUGUGCACCGCCCCCACGCUGCUGCAGUUGGACUUCUCCAAUCUGGACGAGCAGGAGAAGUUGAAGAAGGUCACAGAGCUAACUCAGUUCCUGAUUGAGCAUUGUGAGAUACUUGGAGAGAACAUUCCAAAUCUGUUGGAUACUGAUGAAGACUCGCUGUCCUCUCAGCAUCACGACUCUGCGUACGACAGCACCGACCCCGAUGGAGAUGGAGAGGCGGGAGAGAGCACCUGUUCCACACAUGGCGGGAGUGGGUCAUCUUCCUCUCUCAGCCCCAGCCUCACUGCUUCCUCGUCCUCUUGGACUGCAAAUGCUUCUUUCAACACAAAGCCGCAGUUCAAUCGUCGUUGCUCCGAGCCCAUCAUCCUUCUCUCUCCUGACCUCAAGAGCAUGUGCGGCCAUGCCAGGAGCCAUGACGACUGCUCCAUGGAGAGGAGGGGCUUCGACGAGCAGCCACUGAAGAAGCAGAUCUCAGACGACUCCUUCUUGCUCAGAGGACAAGGCGGAGCAAGUCAGGUGUUAAUGUUUCCGAAACUAAGCAGCAGCUCCAACAUGGAUCCUCUACCCUACAUGUCCAAGAACUGCUCAUGCUCUUCCUUAGAGAGUGCUGCCUCCAACCAAUCAGAUGGUUCAGUUUUUACAAGCUCUCCAGUGGGGUCCCCAGCCUGCCACAGGAGAGCAAACAACAGCACCCAGCCUUCAGUGGUAGUGAAAGCUCAUCAGGACAUUCCUAAACCAAUUUCAGAUGAGAAAAAGCGCUCGCAGUCAAUGAGACUUCCCACAAAAGUCCUGAUGAGGACGAGGAGCUUAGGAGCCUUCGGCAGAAACAGCCUGAAGAAAGACUCUCAGAAGGACAACUCCUUCCCUUGUGAGACUCUCCAGGAGGACUCUCAGAGUGAAGCAGAUCCACCAGCCGAGCUCCAGCACAAACCCCGCCCUCUGUCAGCCAUCGAAGUGUUCAAGCAGGGGGACAACCGGCUGCCCUGCAGGCCUCCAACGUACCAGAAUGCCGUGCAGGCCACAAGUGUACUCCCACAGUAUGGAUCGAUGACUGUGCACGACGCCAUACAGUUGGGGAGAAGGUCCCGCCCAUCCUCGGUUAAUUAUGACUUCCCAUCCACCUGCAACGCCCAUCAGUACACAGACUGUUUAACUCAAGGCAAUGUGGUGGAGCGGCGGCAACCAUUCCGACAGAGGGCGAUGUCUGAGUCUGUGUCCUCUAGUCAUCAUGAGGUGGUGACACGCCGAUGCAGCCAGCCUGUGUUUGAGGAAAUUUUGUACGCCAAGGAGUCUUACGUUUGAUUGACUUUUGGAUUGGAUUUUAUAUGUGCAAACAUUUAUCAGAGUAAAAGAGCAGUGGGCAAACACAAUACUGGAUACUUAAGUGUAUCUCCAUGCUUCAUUACCUGCAUGUGUGUCUCUGUUUAUUAGCAAUAGUGCUUGACUUCAGGUAGUUUCUUUCCUUUUGUCAGUUUGACUGAGAACUUGUUGUUUAGGCUCCGCCCACUGAGCAGCUCUGUCUUAGGGAAAUGUUUGUAUCCACAUGUAUUAUCCAUUGUAUAGAAUUUUCACUGUUUCACUUUAAGUGGAUGUCAACAAUGUGCAACCUGUAAGGUAGCAUGUUCUAUGUAGUACUGUUUAGAGUACAACUUUUAAAGUACAUGUACUAGAUAUCGAGUCUAUCAUGAUGAAGCUAUGACACAGUUCACUGUGGAUAAAAUAUGCUAUUGCUUUUAACUUUGUGUUUUGUUGGAAGUUUUCGUAGAAGUAGUGCUGUGUACAGUAAAGCAAGUUGAGCACUUUUUUUUUAGCUGUCUGUAAAUGUUCUUACUCUUUCAUGGCUUUUUUCUGUCACUACAUUCGAGCACUUUUCUCAUGGUAACUAUGAUUUGUAUAUAUGUAUGAUCAAAUGUAAAUAACAUGUGAGAUGGAUAAUUGAACAAUGAAUGCUAUAAGAUGACUGAAUGAGAAAAUGGAUGGAACCACUCAAUAAAAGAAAAGAAAAUUUUAA